AUUCCGUCUGAAAACACAGCAAAACAUAACGAGUUCCGUUUUGUUUAUAUAAAUCUCGUUCAUUUUAUUAAACACAAAACCAGAUCAUUUUGACACUUCUUAAAAUUUCCCAGAAGUUUUGUACCUAGUACAACAUUUUAAAAUUAAUUAUUAUGAUUAAACACGAGCUUCGCGUUGUUACCAUAGUAACAGAAGCCGCUAGCUUGCUGCUAGCGUCGUAAACGGCUCAUCCUCCGAUUCGUCUUAGUCGAUAACGAGCAUCAUUUCUAAUCUUUUCGUGUCUUAUUUUUCGUCUAAAAUAUAAACACUAGACACCCCACACCGAAACGACAAUGUAGGAUGUAUUUUUAGCAGAUGGAUCAGACAUAUGCAGGGCGAUCAGGACCUGAAGCUCAGGUGAACGACAGUCUUCUGAUGGAGAUGUGCCUUCACACAUCAUGAAGAAAAUCUUCAACUUCAAGAAGAAGAAGGGCUCCCGCAGUCCCUCGGAGACGGGGAGCGUGUUGUCGGCCAGCUACGAUUUGAAGGAGAAAGACCUCGCCAAGAUCCACAAGGCUGCGUUCAGCGGAGAUGUGGCCAAAAUCAGACAGCUGGCCAAAAAGAAUGACUUAAACCAGCUGGAUAAGGAGAACAGAACUGCGCUGCACAUCGCUUGUGCCUGCGGACACACAGAUGUGGUUCAGUUCUUGGUGGAGAGCAAAGCGAAGCUGAACUUAUGUGACAAUCAGAACCGCUCCGCCUUAAUGAAGGCGGUUCAGUGUGAACAAGACCGCUCCGUCUCUUUGCUCCUGGAACAUGAGGCUGACCCCAACCUGGUGGACAUCAAUGGAAACACGGCAUUGCACCUGUCCGCCCGUAUCCCCUCCCUCCCUGUGGCUCUGCAGCUCCUGGAGCACUCCGCCAACAUCAACGCACAGAACAAGGAUGGCAACACUCCACUGAUGCUGGCUGUGAUGGAAAACCAUGCAGACAUGACCGAGCUUUUAUUGAAAGAGGGAGCAGAAGUCAAUGUCAAGAACCAGGAGCAACGGUCUGCGUUGAUGAUAGCUGCAUGCAGUGGACAAAUCAGCAUGGUGCGUUUACUCCUGCAGUACGACGCUGACAUCACGGUGAAAGAUGAUAAGGGCUGGUCUUCUGAUGAUUAUGCCGUCAUGAAUGGACAUCACGCAUGUUCACAUCUGAUUAUUGAGCAUGGGACGAAGAGAAGAUCCCUUCAGUCUCCUUCCCAUUUCACUGGCAGCAAAAAGAAACCCACGUCUGUUCUCGGCAGCCCUGGUGGUAUUGGGGCUGGUUUGGCUUUGGGAGGACCAGCUCUGGAUAAAGAUGCAGCAGGAAGCAGCUCUGCAGGAGCAGGGAAAGAUACAGAGGAACAUUCUCACACAGAAUCCAUUAGCAGGGCAUCAAAAAGUGGUGCUGCUGAUUCCUGGCCUUCAUCAGAUGAUGAUGAUGAUGAGUUAGAUUUGAGCCCAAAGAAACAUAAAGUAAACUUGAAGAAACUCAUAAGCUCCACGAAAAGGGAAAAAGUAGAAGUCAUAGUGGAUCGGGAUGCAGACAAAUCCUGGAGCGGAUCAGAGUCCGAACCAGACAGUGGGAAUAAGGGUGAAAUCCACCGUCCACUGUCUAGACCACUCCCAUCCAGCAGCACCGCCCUCCACCCCCCUGUAGCAACCCCACCUGCCUCUUUACCCCACCCACCCCAGAUGAGCUCCACCCCCUUCAGCAGCACCCUUAAGGAAGAGGAUUCCACUGAGGAAGAGGAGGAUGAAGAAGAUGAGGAUGAGAGGGAAGAACUGGAGGAAAUGUGCGACAAGGCUAAAGAUCCUCAAAAUGGUGCUACUAGCAAAGAAAAACGAAGAGAUUUCCUUUCAGAACUGGGACUCGAAAAGGAAGAUGAAAAUGACGACUCUCCCUGGGAUUCAGAGUCCGGUUCUGAGAGCCCACAGAAGAAACAAGCCAGUGAUCUACACACUCCUGCCAAAUCACAUCGAUCUAUGUCCAGUAUUUGUGAGGAGAACACUGAAGACUUCUUAUACGUCCCCUCCUUCGUAAGAGGAGGGAGGAACAGUAAUUUAGUGGGAAGUUUAGGCCAGCCAGGAGCGUGCAGGCCGAUGGUUUUAAGAAAGGAUGAGGAUGAUGAAGAAGAGAAGGAAGCUGAAAUACCACCUAAAGUGGUCAAAAGAGAGACGGUGUCUGUUCUUAGUAAGCUGAUGGAUUCAAAAGAAGCUAAUAAGAAAACAGAUCUGAUGGAAGAGCUUGGUUUGGGGGAUGCUGAUGAUCUUGAAGAUGCUUCAGACUGGGACUCUGCCAGUACCACCAGCAAAGCCAGUAAGAAAUUCCCAGUUCAUAAACUGGACGAGGAACCCGUCUUUGAAAGCCCAGCAGCUUCCGUACUACCCAUAACAUCCGAGGAGCAGGACAUGGACACAAGGGAACAUAAAGAAGCCAGUCCAGAGAGAAACAAACCCACAAUCUCAAGCACAACACCUCAACCUAGUCCACGUUCUCUCAACCCAAACGCCAGCUCAAAACCGCAAGCUCUGCCACGACUGCGCUUGGACUCCAGUCAGAGGCUGGAGAGUGAAGAAUCGGACUUGGAUUUGGAAACUUCCAGUCCAGCCAAGAUGACGAAUUCACUGCCAAAUGUGGCUGAGCCUGAUGCAGUUCAUCGGCAGGAACCCAAAGCUGAAGAUGUCGAGAGUGAAGAUAGUUCUUACGCAAGUGAAGAUGCAGAUCAGGCAAGAGAGGCAUUACAAGCGUCUUCUGUAGACAUUAAUAGACCGUCUAACCUUGAACCACAGGAGCGCCCAAGCUCUCCUAGAGAGGACGAACCAGAGGAGAAAUCUGAUGAGAUUCCCUGGGAGGAACGCUAUGAGAAAAUAUGGGUGGAGAAAGACAAAAAGGAGACCAAGUCUCAGUACAAAAACGUGGCCGCUGAACUAAAAGAGAGGUUCGGCGAACUGGAGCACAAGGAACCGCUGAGUGACCUUUCGGAGCAGGAGUGGAAAGAAGAUGAACAGGGUGAUGAAGAGGAAAAGAAAGAGGUGGAAAAGGAAGCAGAUGAUGAAGACUCCAGCGAGGAAGAGGGAGAGUCAAUAGUGCGGCUCACCACACGGGCGAGAAGUGCCAUACUUUUGCCCAUCCCAGAGCAGAGAGAGUCCGGCCUGGAGGACUCGCAGUCUGAAAGUGUCCACCGCACGGUUAGUGUUGAGGUCAGCGAUGCAGAGCUUCCCAGUGACCAGCACGACCCUCAAAUCAUCCCAGAAGCCCUAACGGAAGAGACCCAGGAGCCAGAGAACCGAACCAAUGGAAGCAAAGAUAAGUGUCCACUAGAAUCUGCAAGCAACAUAGAACCCGGAGAACUUCACAAACCUUCAUUGCUUGUUGAGAAUGAGCUACAAGUCUCACCCAAAGUUCUAGACGUGCCCUCUUCUGACUCCAUGGGCCUGUGGAAGUCCAGACUUGAGGGUAAUAAGGAACAGUUGGAUAGUAUGAAGGGAGAACACCUGCCCAGUGCUUUAUGGGAUACUAGAGGAACCAGAGAACGAGGUGAACUUGACCAAGGAAAAGGGAAGAAAAUUGACAACAACUCUGGGAACCUGAGACCUCAACAGAAAGGGAUGGAUGACGGCAGGUCUUUGGGAAGAGAGGGUAGUGUUUCACCAAGACAUCUGACAAGAAGUCCAAGAAGUACUGACAGGGCACGACCACACGGUGAGGAAGAUGAAGAGGAGGAAAAGAAAACUGUAGGUAGCCAAGCCAGAAAUCUCCGUGUAGCUCCUCCUCUGCAGGGCAAACCCUCCCGACCUGCGACCCGCCAUAACGGAGACCUCGAGUCUGUCUUUGAUGAUAGUACUUUAAGUGAGCUAUCGGAAGAGGACAGGAGAUCCCCAUCUUCAAGGCGUAAGAAAGAGCAGAGUACUGGAGAGCUGGAGAUGGGGGAUGAUUUUGAAGAUCUCACCCAGUCUUCUGACACAGCCACUGAGGAACUAGAGACUCCAGUAUCUGGAUACCACAAUGCAUCUCUGCUCUUCAAACAGCUGGACUCCAGCUAUCUGGACUCUGUGAGUGUGGUGAAACUACAGAACAUGUUUCAUGAGUACGAACGCACCAUCCAGAGGGAGAGAGACCGACACAGCCGUCUGGCGGAUAAAACCUCUCAGCUGGAGCAGGAACGCAACAAGCUCAAGAUCCUGCUGGAUGAGAUCAGAGGCAGCAAGACGGGCCUGGAACAUCUCAAACUGGAGCUGGAAACGGACAUGAACAAUCUCAAGUUCCUGUUGAGACAGGAACAGGAGAAGCAUCAGAGCGCUCACAUGCUGUAUAAUAAAACCCGUGAGCAGCUCCAGAGGAAAGAGGAGCAGCAGCGAGCCGAGGCCGAGGAGCGCCAUAAAGCCGAGCUGAAAGUCCGUAGUUUGGAACUGGAGAUCAGAGCUCUGAAGAACAGCAUCAAACAGCUCGAGGAGGACAGAGAUGAGUCUCAGCGUCUUCUGUCACAUGAGCGCAGUGCUCGCGCCCUACAGGAGGAGCUACUCAACAACCAUCUGCGUAAGCAGCAGAACAUUGAAGAGGAGAACCUUCGAAACCUCAACAAGAGCAAUGAGGCCAUGUCCCAGCUCACAGAGGCAUCGGAUCGUGAGCGAGAGUUGAUGCAACAAAACCGAGUCCUACAGGAUGAUCUGAACACUGCUCGGGCCGAGCUGGACCGCUCACAGUGCCACAGCCGACAGGAGGAGUCCCGGCUGGCGGAGGAGAGAGACGCUCUUCGUGAGAGACUGGAGGAUGCCCGCAGGGACAUGAAGCUGAGCGAGGAGGCCUUGGCCCAGACUGUGUUCCAGUACAACGGCCAGCUGAGCGCACUGAAGGCCGAGUGCUCAGUGAUCACGGCUAAACUGGAGCACGAGAGGCAAGUGAGGCAGCAGCUGGAGGCCGAGGCCGAGGCAAGCAGGGGACGACUGCAGGCAGCACUGCAGGAGGCAGAGAGAUGCCAGGCAUCACGCACAGAUGCAGAGCGCUCUCUCCAGCGAGACCGUGAGGAGCACCAGCGGGCGCAGGAAAAGCACAUCUUUGAGUCCAGUACACACCGGGACACCAUCCAGUCCCUGUCCCAGAAACUCAGCAAGGCCGAGGCGCGUGCCAACAGCCUGGAGAACGAGUGUCACCGCAGCGCUCUGACCAUCGCUGAGAAGGGCGUACUGUUGGAGACUCUGGCCCGGGAGAAAGACCAGGCCCUGGCCAAACUCAAAGAACUGGAGACCACGGUCCUGAGCGAGCGGGAGCAGGCCAGCCGUGCGGGAGCCAGACAGGAAGCAGUGCAGGAGAGACUGGCCCAGGCUCAGAGUGAGAGCGCACUGCUACGACAGCAGCUGGAGGAGGCGCUCAACAAGGGCUCGGCCAAGGAGAGAGCUGUUACAGAUGUGCAACAAAACUUCGCCGAAAUGCUGAACCAGUUACGUGCAGACGGAGAGGAGAGAGUCCACCUGGUGGAGGAGAGAAGCAAAGAGCUGGCAAAGACAAACAGCGAGCUGAGAGAUCAGAAUUACAAACUAGAGCAGGAGAAAGCUGAUCGAGAGAGCUCUCUGAGGCAGCUGCAGCAGGAACUGGCCGACUGUCUGAAGAAGCUGUCCAUGUGUGAGGCUUCUCUGGAGGUCAACACACGCUACCGUAAUGAUCUGGAGGAAGAGAAGCUGCGCACACACAAGGACAUGGACAGAUUGAGGGGAAAGCUGCAGGAGUCUGAGGAAGUGUACGUCCAGGCAGAGAGACGCAUCAGCCAGCUGAAGAGCUCUCUGGACGACAAAGAGCGAGAAGCCUGCAGUACCGCUCAGAAACUAGAGGAGGCGCUAGCUGCUUCCACAAGCAAAGAGCAAACCAUUAAACAGCUGGAGGAGGCGGUGCAGAGGUUAGAGAUCGAGAACGCCAGACUGGAGGCCACGGCCAAACAGCAGACCAACCGCAUCGAGGUGCUUCAGAAGGGCGUUCAGGAGGGCACGGUGCUAUCAGGCUCAUCACCUGGAGAAGGGGUCAGGAAUCGUUUGGAAGACAUCGUCACAAACCUGCAGAGCAGUAAGAUGACGCUAGAAGAACAACUCAACCGAGAGGUACAGAAGCAGAGUAUGCUAUCCCAUAAUGCCCAGGACUCACAAGCACUGUGGGAGGAGGAGCUAAAGGGCCGCUCCCGACUGGGACUCCGCCUCUCAGAGCUGGAGAAAGAGAAAGGAGAACUGACCAAUCAGAUGGAGCUCGAGAAGAAAAAGGCCAAAAAACUAUCCGAGCAGAAGAAAUCUGUGGACACUCGUCUGGAGCAGGAGAUGAAGAGAAACACAGACCUUCAGAAAGAAAUGUACAGGUUGAAAACUCUGUUGAAGACGGCUAAGAAGCAGCUGCGUGAACCGGGCGGUGGACAGCUGGACUCUUCUCUGGGCAGCUUCAGAGGAGACAUGAGCCACCGGCUGGAGGCUGAGAGCGCCGUCAGCAGAAUGAAGACCCGGGUGGAUGAGCUGCAGUCUCAGUACGAGCGGGAGGCAUCACGCUGCUCGCGGCUGGAGGAAGUGAACAGACAGCUGAAGGAGAAGCUGUCGUCUGUGAAGAGCCUGAGCCGAAGCCACGAGCAGCUGGAGCGCAGUAAGAGGCAGCUGGAGGAGGAGGUGUCCAGUCUGCGCCGGCAGCUGGAGGCCGGUGUGAUGGACCAGAGCCAGGCCGAGCAAUACCGCAGGGAGACGGAGGAAAGAGCCCGACAGGAGAUCCGGCACAAACUAGAGGAGGUCAACCUGUUCCUGCAGACGCAGGCGGCGUCUCAGGAAGCUCUGGAGCAGAUGAAAGCUGCUAAUGAGGCCAGUCAGCGCGCUCAGCUGGAGCAGCGCAUCAGGGAUCUGGAGGGAGAACUCAGCCGUUUACGCAGUAUUCAGCAGGACAGUCUCGUUCAGAGAGACUCCAGCAACACAGAGCUGGAGCGCUACAAACAGCUGUACGGCGAAGAGCUCCGCCUCCGCAAGAGUCUGGCUGCCAAACUAGAAAGGUCGAAUGAGCGGUUAGCGGAGGCCAACACUAAACUCCUGAGCGAGAGGCAGCGCAGUAAAUCCCUGCUCACCAGCAGUAUAGUGAACGGUGGUUUAGGGGGUCCCGCUCUGGAUAUGGCAUCUCUGGGCUCUGUGGGGGCAUACGGAGCCUCUCUGGGACCCCUAAACAGAAGCCUGGGCCUCGGGACGCCUCUGCUGGGUACGGUAGGGGAAUCGCAGAGCAGCCGUGUAGAGGCCUACCUGGCGAAGAUGCAGACGGAGCUGGAGAAGAACAUAUCGAAGGAGCUGGACUAUGAAGGAGGAAGUGCCCGCAUGUCUCCUGUAGGAUCGGCCUCUGGCUCACAGAACCUGAACCUGACCCUGGAGCAGCCCGACCCCGUCAGCAGAGCCACUCAACAAUACCUGGAGGUGCUGAAGAAGAACUACAUGAUCUGACAUGACCCACUGAUGAGCCUCCCUAAAAGCCCUGUGGAGUUUGUUUACUAAAGCUGCUGUUUUAAAGUACAGUGCCUCUGUGGUCUUUAAUGAAUGGAACUGCUACUGUUCUCCCAAACAUUUGCCUGCCAUCUAAAAAUGAGUUUAUUUCUUCAUUAGAACAGAUUUGGAGAAAUGUAGCAUUGCAUCACUUGUUAUGAAUGGGUGCCGUCAAAACGAGAGUCCAAAAAAACUCACAAUAAUCUACAAGUGAUCUCAUUCUGACGGCACCCAUUCACAUCCAUUGGUGAGCUAGCGAUGCAAUGCUACAUUUCUCCAAAUCUGAUGAAGAAACGCACUCAUCUACAUCUUGGAUGACCUGACGAUGCGUUUAUUUUCAGUUUGGGCUGAAUUAUUCCUUUGGUGGCUAAGUCUACCUGAACAUGUUUUUCAGAGUUUGCUGUAAAAACACCAGCAAGGGCCAAGCUUUCAACACUACCAUCAGUUUGUGAUCUUUAACCGAGUGUGACAAUGCACUUUAGUGCCUCAGGAGCAAAUGAUCUGAGGUUUGGAGGUACAUGUGAAGUGCUGCUUCCAGUGUUGUGUCUCCAUUGCAAAAACUCAUGUGUGGGUUUAGUUUAUAUGUGGAUAUAUAUAUAUAUGUGUGCAUUCUGGCUGCUUUAAUAGUCGAGGCAUAUUAUAAAGAGUGUCACACUUGUACUGUUAAUAUUAUUGCCAAGUAAUGAAAGUGGUACAUUCUAGACUAUCGUGCAAUAUACUCAACGUAUUUUAGUCUCAAACGACCAAACUCUGAUUUGGAGAUGUUUUUGGGAAAUGAAUGCUGUGCUUGAAUGAGAGUGUGACCGUGCUCAGGAUCAGUCUUCUCGUGUGUGUGUGUGUGUGUGUGUGAGUGUGUGAAUCUCUGGAGUUUCAGAUGUUGCAUAAAUUAUAUAUUGCAUUGUUAAACUUUUUUUUUAAUGAUUUCUUUUAUAUUGUGAUAUUUUCCUGACAGUUAAGCACAGUUUACCUCCAAAUUCUCAUUACUGAAAUGAAAAAAUGAUUAAAGUGUGUGUGUGCACACGUGUGUAAAAAAUAUAUUAUAUAGAAACAAAUAUAUGAAAAAUUAGGUUUAUUGUUAAUUACAAAAACUGCCUAACUUUAAUUUGGAUAAUCUCAAUAAAUCAAUGUUUUUUGCAUUGUGAUAUUUUCAUUUAAACAGACGAUUAAACUGAUUUUACCCCACAUCAGCAUUGCUAGAAUUAUUAUUUUUUCUAUUUAGAAAAACCUAACCCUAACCCUAAAAAACCCUAACCCUAACACACACACACACACACACACUUUUGUUGUGUUAAUGACUGUUGGGAGGGAAAAUGUGUUCAAUUGUUAAUUGUUCAAAAAGUCUUAAAAAUGAUCUUUGUUUUAUCCACAAUGUUGUUUUUGUGCGCGUGUGGUGAAAUAUGACAUAGCAUGUUUUUAAUAGUUUUCAUCAGAUUCAUCUGUAUGUUUUAGUUUUUGACUGAAAUCUGUACCGUCUCUUCCAAGCAUUUCAGUCUUGUUUUGGUCUUGAAAUGUUUUAGCUGUUUAACUCGAGACGUUUCAUAGCUACAAAAUGAACAUUGGGAAUUUGUUGUGUUUGUUAUCGUCUCAGACCAGUGGAAAACAGUGAAUCACUUUCAUUAUGAAUACAGAAAUACACCUUUAUUUAUCUAAUGAGUGAACACGAAUAAACACUCAGUUCUGUGACA